CCGUUUCGAUCCGAUGACGUUGCCGCCAUGCAGACCGCUAUGUUAAUUUCGAUAAGUUCAAUCGGCCGCCCGCCGAUGACACAAGCUUUGAAUUUCUAUUAGGUGGCAAAAACAAUAGCAACAAGAGCGUUUUCCUAGCAACGUAGUAAACUGGUUGUUGUUUGUUAUAGUUUUUGCUAUAGUCAGACAAAAUUACAUAAUUAGUUGGUGCUUCGAACAAUCAUGGUGCGCAUCACCGAGGAACUGGUGCGUAAGAAAUCGGAGCAUAAUGAAAGAUUGAUUAGCACGCUUGAGGAGCUGUCGCUGCACCAGGAGGACAUAACGUGCAUUGAGAAUCUGCAGAAUUGGUGCCGUGAUCUCAAGAUACUUUUGUUGCAAUCCAAUCUCGUGGCACGCUUGGAAAAUCUCCACAAGCUGAAGCGUCUGGAGUAUUUAAAUGUGGCGAUCAACAACAUUGAACGCAUUGAGAAUCUCGAAGGACUCGAGUCCCUCAAUAAACUGGACUUGACGCUCAACUUUGUGGGUGAACUGACCAGUGUGGAGUCCUUGAAAGGCAACUACAAUCUACGGGAGCUGCUGCUGACCGGUAAUCCCUGCACGGAUUAUCCACACUAUCGCGAUUUUGUGAUUGGCACUUUGCCGCAAUUGCACAGCCUCGACUGCAUGGAGAUUGUGCCCUCCGAGCGUCUGCAGGCACAGCGUCUGCUCUCCCAACAUCGUGCUGUCAUUGUUCAAUGCCAGGCCGACCAGGCCAUGGAACGGGAUGAACAACGUAUACGUGUUGCCGAGCAGCAAGCAGCUCUGGCCGAACAGUGUGCCGGCCUGGAGGAUGAAGAGGAGCGUACUCGUGCCUUCUGGAAUGCGAAGAGUGAGCACUGUCCCGAGAUACGCACGGAGAUUGCGCGACAGCACAAGCUGGGCAGGGAGCGGGGCGAGUCCAAGCCGAAUCCAUUGACCGAAAAGCCCAAAAGGACACCGCAUUUAUUUGCACCUUGUGGUAGACCCUACAAUGUGAACCAGGCCAAGUUGCCAUUCAAUUUCCAGGAUGAGUCGGAUCACUACAGCCUGGUGCUGGAAGUAUACAAACAUCUAGACACAUCGCUCAUCAAUGUGGACAUAGAGACAACCUAUGUGCGAGUCACGGUCAAGGGAAAGAUUUUUCAAAUAGUUUACAAUGAGGAGGUCAAACCGGAUGAGUCUGUGGUGCAGCGUUCCCAAAUCACUGGACAUCUGCAGAUCAUACUCAAGAAAGUCAAGGCCAAUGAGAUGCUCCGCAUCAAGUCCUAUGCUCCGGCCAAGCGAUCAGCCGAUUCCGGCAAAAGCGUUGCUGAAAAGGAACCACAAGGCGUUGUGGACAUUAGUAAUAUAUGUGCGCCGCCCGAUCUGCCCGAUUUGAUAUAAAUUGUUAAUCACUCCGCGCUGACCCAGAUGUCUAUACUAUAUAUAUACACAGAUACAUAUAUAUAUAUAUAGUGAUAUUUGUUACAUCUGUAUAUUACUAACUUAUGAUGUUUUAAUUGAAUAAAAACGAUGCAAACAAUUGGGCAAAACAAAAA